AUGCAGAAUCCGACCUUGAACUGCAAGCCAGAGGCACCAGCGGUUCCAGUGGUGAUCGGAUCCAAGAGCUUGGACCUCGGAUGGGCACGGAUGUGGGCCCCAAAGCUUGAGGGCAAGACGGUCUUCGAUGAGAUGCGGGAUCACCAGAUUCCUGGAGAUGACAUUGCAUCCUUGCAGUUUCUGAAAGGCUCCAACUACAAGCCUCUCGUUUUCGCGCCCGUCUUCUUCUUAGUCUGGAGUUGUGAUUCCCCAGUCUUGGUCUACGAGACCUUGAAGCACAACGACACUGAGCAGUGCAUGUUCGGGGGGCAUGCGCUGGAUGUGUUUACAAAGGAAUCGUAUUGCCCCAUUCUGGCAGGGUUCAGCCCCUGGUGGUACACGCUGGCCUGGUACCUGCUCUUCCUCGUGAUAGCACUCUUUUGCUUGCUUCGGGGUUGGCGUCUCCAAAAGAUCCAAAAGUAUCGGGCUGAUGUGAGUCCUGUUUGUUGCUUCCUGGACUGCAAGCGUGGUGGCUACGACGACCGGCACUUGAUGGCCUGGUUCAUCUUGAUCUCCUUGUGCUUCCUCCAUUGCACCUUGAUUCGCGUCGCAGCCACCCCAGAGGAUGAAGAUUGGGGGAAUGCCUGCUUGCGGUAUGGAGCCUGGGAAAGUCAUCGGGACUUCUGCCAGCCCGGCCCAGUCCUAGAGCAAAGUUGGACAAUUGUCCUGAUCAUGGUCUUUGUUUGCUUGAUGACAGCCCUUUGGGACCAAGGAACGGUAGUUCGGGGCCCCAAACCGCAGGAGACUGCUGGAAAAGAUCAGAAGGAGAAGUACACGUUGAAAGUCGCUGUGGAUCCUGUGACAGCCGCGGCGGUGAAGCUAAAGGCACUCGUUCGCUUCCAAAUGCACCACACAGAGGAAGAGCGGCGAAAAGAAAAUUCCAGGCUUGCAGAAAUCAUGCUCAGACCGCUUCGUGCCAUGAAGUUCUUGGGUGGGGGCACGGAGGAAACAGAGGUGAUGACUACCAUCAAUCUCUACCCUGGCCCAGUCCCUGACACGGAUGACUCAGAGAACACGUCCGACCCGGAGAAGGCCACGCUCUACGCCUGGGACGCUUGCACGACAGACUCCCAGAAUGAGUUCUGGAGCAAGAGCUUUCACAGAAGCCUUGAGACGAUCCUCGAGGGCUUGCAAGAGGUGGGGCCAGAUGGUGAGCAGAUGGCCGAGGAGGAGUUAGUCCGCCAGAUGCUCGGGCAGCCAGAUGGUGAAGAGAGGGCCAAAGCGAUGGACGACUUCAAGAAGCGCCAGCAGAAGUUGUGCAGAGAGAGACAGCUUCAGGAGGUGAAUGUGGGCUUGCUCUAUGACUUCUGCAAAGACACGAUGAGGAUUCUAGAUGAUCAGCAGCCUGGCUGGAGGUCCCCUAUACCGUCACAGCCUGACUCUGGCACUUGCAUUUCAAGGGUUGGCUGUGUUCAAGCUCACCAUGUGCUUGGUUUCUUGUUAUUCUUGAUUGCCGGUAUUCUUGCAAGCACUUUGGCUCCUCAAGGCGAUGCCUAUGCUUUCUUUGACAAUGGAGUCCACCAUGCCGACUAUCUUCAGGUUCGCUGUCAGGAGACGGAGGCUAGUUUUGACUUGAACCCCUGGUGCUACCUGGGAGAGAAGCAGUGGAUGCAACGUCGCACCUUCAACUUUGGCUUGUCUGUGUUUCAGACAAACAGGGCUCCAGCCUUCCUGGGGCUUUGCUUCGGCCUGAAGUGUGUGAUCUUUGGACUCAUUGGCAGCUUCUUCGCAAUCACGGUGAAGAAGACCGUGAUGGGCGUAGAGCAGGCAUCUCAUCCCAUGAAAAUCAUGAACAUGCUCUUGCUCUUCUGGACACAGCAGGGUUACGUGUCAACGGGGCACUUACACGUGUGGAAGCUGGCCAGAGACUCGCUUCUCUUCAACGACGUGAAGUUUAUCCUUCAUCGCUUUGAAAAUGUGGUCAUAGCUUUCCUGGGGAUUACCAUGUGGUUGGUUACAGAUUCUACUUUCCAAAUCGUGAUCAGGAACAACCCUCCCAAUCCGCUCGGAGGAUUCUAUGCCAUAAUCCUGACAGGUGGCACAGUUGCCUGCGUGGCUCAAGCGCUAUCUUGUCACAUGGCACAGGAGGAGCACAUCGUGUCUCUGACCCGCUUGAAGGAGUCCAUGAUGCUCCGUCUCGGGCGUCAUGUCGAGCACCAACGAGAUUUACUGGACAUGAUCAUUGCACGCUUGAAGUCCGGUGGAGACUACCAGACGAAGCUCUUGUACGUUCCCUUGAACCCAGCUUUUCAGAAGGUCUUGCUGGGCUACCCGGUUGUAUCUUUCGGUUCGAUUAUUGGGCGCAUUGUGUGGGAUAACUUGUCAUAG